GUAGCCCUGAAGUGUGUCUGGUUUGCAAACAAUCGCAGUGGAGGCUCUGCCGCAAACCCACGCGCCGGCAUCGGUUUCCAACCCCGAGAAAGGCGUGAUCAGAGGGCCGGUCUUGGCUCCCUUGAAACGUCGUCCUCCGCUGCGGCAUCGACGCCGGCAGUAUCUGCCCCGGUCUCAAGGCCUCCUAUAUCAGCGGGACCUGCUACAGUAGCAGCAUCUCCAGCCCAUCAGACAGACCGUUUGAGUGCAAUGAAAGCGGCAUUUGCCGCGCAGUACCAGCGAAGAUUUAUCUCAGCGGGCAUCGAGGCCACGCGGUACACGCAUCCUGAGCUGCUUGGCCAACAGGACGCCGCCUCCGGUGAGAAUGACCAGACUUUCCGAGCACCUCCGCCUCCAGCGUCCACCAAACCACCGGACGGAAAGCGUAAGCGUUCGCGGUGGGAUUAG